UAUUAGAUAUUAAUUAAAUGGUCUAAAAUGAGUGUACAUCGACGUGAAACUCUAACUACCAUUAAUAUUUUGUGGUAUAACAUCGCCACGAUAUAUAGCUAGGUCGCAACUUGUGUUUACAACAAGAUUUCACCAGUCUAUUUUAAGGAACAUACAUGGGCAAAGAAACUAAACUUGACUUAGAUAAGUCAAAAAAUGGCGAUGUCCAUGAUGACGACAGUAGAAAAAAGAAAAAGAGUAAAAAACACAAAAAACGUAAAAGAGUGGCUGAUGAGCAGGAUGACAAAGUCUCUAAGAAAAAAAAGAAGUCCAAGAAGGAAAAGUACAAAAAUUCGAAGGUUGAAAGUGAAACAUCACUUUCUGAUGUUGAAGAAUUAAUAAAGAAAUCUAGACGCUGUAACAAGCCAGCGAAAAAAGAAUCGUCACUAGAUACUCCCUUAAUAGACAGUAUAAAAAUUCCUAAAUCGAAAAAUGGUAACCCAGCAAUGACAACGUCACGUAGUAGCAGCAGAAACGAUGUUACACAGAAGAUGGAUGAAACUUUAGAAAUUAUAUCAUCUAAUUCCGAAACAGAAAACUAUCAGGAAGAUUGUGCUAGUCCCGAACUAACGGUAGAGGACGAUUUAGAUCUUGAAGAAUUGAUGAAACAGAAAGAACUCCUGCAAGCUCGGUUAGUUGCUUACUACUCAGACAAAAGUGAUGACGAACAAACAAAAAGAAAGAAAAGUACUGAUGUUAUCUGCAUCAAUGAUGAAAAAACUAAAACCCCCACAUAUAAGAAGGAUAAAAAAGUUCUUGAUUCUGAAAUGAAAAGAAACAAACGCAAGUAUAGCAAAGAGCGAUCAUCUAGACGGCAAGAAGAUUUGAGGGAAAUCAUUAAUAGAGAAAGUAGAAAAGAAAUGGAAAAGAGAUUAGAAGAGAAAGAGUAUCGUGAACGCAAAGAGCGAGAGCGUCGAAAGGCUGAAGCAGAGAAAGAGAGAGAGCGUGAGCGAGAAAAAGAAAGAGAUCGAGAGAAGGAAAGGGAGAGAGAAAAAGAGCGUGACAGAGAGAGAGAGCGAGAAAAAGAACGCGAUAGGGAUCGCGAAAGAAAACGAGAGCGUGAGCGAGACAGAGAUAAAGACCGCGAUAGAGACCAACGCUCUUCUGAACUGAAACGUCGUGAUAGGGAUACUAUACAUAGUCGACGAUCCAGGGAUAGAUCGCUGGUUGCGCGUCGCGACAGACGAUACUCUGAUCGUGAUCGUAGGUCACGUGAACGAAGCAGAGAUAGAUAUAGACCUCGUUCGAGAGACCGAGAAAAGGAUUUUAGAUCAGAACAUAAAGACAGACAUAUAACCACUACAAACGAAGUAGCUCAAAUAGUACCCAGCUCCAGUGAUGAAGAAUUAGACAUAUCUAUUAACACAGACGAUGAAGAAGAAACUGAAGAACAAAUCAUUGAAAGAAGAAGGAAACAACGAGAACAGCUCUUAAAGAGACUGGGUUGUAACAACAGUAGUUCUGCAACAGAGAAGAAUCAGGCAACGUCUGACACAAAGAAAGCGGAGGUAGCCACUCCCGAGACUAAGGGGUCUAAGGAACCUACAACUAUUGUACAGUGUAAAAAAGACGUUAUUGAACCGAAGACCGAAACAAGCAGUGCAUUGAUAAGAAACAUCGAGAAUGAAUCCAAAACUAGCGUCAAAUUGGAAAAAUCACUUAGAGGCAGUGAGUGGGAUAUGUUUGCGGAUCAGGACAAUUUUGACAGUGUUGAUACUCCAACUGCAGGAAAACACAGAAGUAAAAAUGCUCUGGAGAAUCCGUCGCUAACCGAUAACUGGGACGACGCCGAAGGUUAUUAUAGGGUACGGAUAGGUGAAACUCUGGACAACAGAUACACUGUGUACGGCUACACAGGCCAAGGCGUAUUUUCGAACGUGAUCCGAGCUCGGGAUCAAGCUCGCGGCAACACUGACGUCGCUGUCAAAAUCAUUAGGAACAACGAAAUCAUGCAUAAAACUGGGUUGAGAGAGUUGGAAAUUCUCAAGCGUUUGAAUGACUCUGAUCCCGAUGACAAAUUCCAUUGUCUACGUCUUUUUCGUCAUUUCUUUCACAAGCGCCAUCUUUGUAUGGUCAUGGAACCUCUUUCUAUGAACUUAAGGGAAGUACUCAAAAAGUAUGGAAAAAACAGCGGAAUUCACAUAAAAGCUGUGAGGAGCUACACACAACAAAUGCUUUUGGCAUUGAAAUUGUUAAAGAAGACUGGCAUCCUGCAUGCAGAUAUAAAACCGGACAAUAUUCUAGUGAAUGACAGUAAAUUGAUUUUGAAAUUGUGUGACUUCGGGGCUGCAUCGCAUGUGUCUGAUAAUGAAAUAACACCAUACCUUGUAUCAAGAUUUUAUAGAGCUCCAGAGAUUAUCCUCGGCGUGCCGUACGACCAUGGCAUCGAUAUGUGGUCCACGGCAUGCACUGUGUACGAGCUGUCGACGGGAAAAAUUAUGUUCAGCGGGAAAUCCAAUAACGAAAUGUUGAAAUAUUUUAUGGACUUGAAAGGAAAACUACCGAAUAAGAUUGUCAAAAAGGGACAUUUCAAAGAACAACACUUUGAUAGUAAUUGCAAUUUCUUGUACCAUGAACUGGACAAAAUCACGGAAAGGGAAAAAAUAGUAAUAAUGUCAAGUAUAAAACCUACGCGCGAUCUACAAUCGGAGCUAGCACCAUCCCAUCAUCGCUUGCCGGCGCCUGAGGCUAAGAAGAUCACUCAACUUAAAGACCUGCUCGAAAGAAUGCUAAUGUUGGACCCCUCGAAACGAGCCUCCGUCAACCAUUGUCUCGCUCAUCCUUUUAUACAGGAAAAAAUUUGAUUUCUGUUAUACACGUGUCACUUAAGGUGCGGCCAUCUAUAUUCAUGCGUAAUAUAGCUUUAAGUGUUUUAAACUUGUUCAAAUCGAAACAUUAUUUUAUAUGCAUUGAUUUCAACUCAAAUUUUACAUAGUAGUUGACAUAUUUAAACAAUAUACAUGCGUACUACAGCAAGGAUUUUAAACAUUUUUUCAAAAGCAAGGCAUUAUUUUGGACAUGAUGAUCAUGAUCUAUUUUUAAAAACCAUUAUUUUUAAGCAUCUUAUUUUAAAUUUUGACCUUAUGCCGUGCGGUUCCGGCUUAAGAAUGUGACCGCUCCAUGUCUUCCCGUGGAUGUCGUAAAAGGCGACUAAGGGAUAAACCGAAUGGUGGCGGUUCGACAUCCCACCAAACAAAAAGUUGUUGCAUCAGGGACGGGUGCGACGUAAGAAGCGAGUCCGAGAAGUAAGAAUGAGAAUGAGUAGUUGGAAUGUAGGAACGAUGAAUGGAAGAGGAAGAGAAUUAGCAGAUGUAUUAGAAAGGAGAAGAAUAAAUGUUGCAUGUUUGCAAGAAACGAGGUGGAAACCCUUCCACCUAGAAAAAUUUAUACCCAGCCCCAAUUUCCCUCGCUUUCGUACCCACGAAAGCGAGGGAAAUUGGGGCUGGAUAUAAAUUUUUCUAUAGUGGAAGUGAUGGUAGGAAAACUGGCCAAAUGCGAGUCAGACUCGCGCAACGAGGGUUCCGUACUCGGUUAUUUUUCCGACAUUUUGCACAAUAAAUCAAAAACUAUCAUGCAUAAAAAUUAAUAAAAAUCUGUUUUAGAAUAUAUAGGUAAAGCCCUUUCAUAUGAUACCCCACUUGGUAUAGUUAUCUUAUUUUGAAAAUUCAAACACAUUUUAAUUUCUUAUGACGUAUUAAAAAAAAACUACUUACUAGAUCUCCAAUUUUCGUUAAAAGUUUACAUAGUUAUGUACAUCAUAUAAUUUUUUUUAGUUUUAUCAUUCUCUUAUUUUAGAAGUUACGGGGACACACACACACA